AUGAGCAAAUUCGCUAUUCACAUCUUGGUAUAUGUAAAAAACGAAUUAUCCAAAGAUGAACAUGAUAAAUUUAAAAUAGGUUAUGAAGUAGAGGAUAAUGAUGAAUGUAUAAUUUUCACACCUACUAUGUUUAAAGAAGCUCUUGAGAGUUACGCCAAAGAUCACGACAUUAUAUAUAAAGUAGAACCCACAGAUUUACACCAAAGGUUACAGAUGUAUUUGGCAACCUCACAUGUCCCACCACAUGUAGAAUCUAAAAUCAAAAGAAUCAUAGAAUAUAUUGAACUGGUAUACGACUACUAUAUCGGUGUUGGUAUUGUAUAUUAAACUAGGGAUCCAAGGAUAGUGUGAAGUUUCAAAUUGAAAAAGACACUGCAAGAACUAUAUAGGGUUGCCAACAACCUAGAAAGGCUGAUGGCUUACAUUACGAAAUAAACAGUUACCAAAGGCAUUUCAUCUCAUUAUCUAUUUUAUAAUGCGUUUGGCACAUGAGUAGUGCCACGUUUGAAACAAGCCUAACAGAUCAGAAACGUGCCUCGUGGAACUGAUAGAAUUUAUUUAUUUACUGUGAUGCUACACGUGAUAACUUGAAAUUUAAAAUGUUCCACCAACACCCAAAUUUUGCAUAUUCUAAAACUUCAUUUGCAUUUGCAGCUGUUGCUAAAAGUAUCCUAACGAGGCUACUGAUACGCUGAACUUAUUUAAUAUGAUUAAUCCCAUUACCUAAAUAGCUGUAUAAGAUAUGUUAUGAAUAAUAAGCACUACGACGUUGUAUCAUUAAAAGAACGCAUUUUAUCCCCAUCCGUUCUAUAUUUUAUCCCCAUAUCCGUUCCGUGGAUCUGCUCCAUCUGCUUCCGCAUUUUAACCUAAUUGUGACAUGUUUCACAAUAACAAGUCUGAUUGACCUUUGACUUUAUAUUCCCAAUGGCAAUGUCGCAUUGCGUUUCAUGAGUCAUUUUCAGCUUUUCGCAUGUAUUCAAUAAUGUCAUUUCAGAUUUCAAUAGUUUCACAGUUAUAACAGUGUUUAUAGCAGUUUUAACAAGCUUUGAUACGGCUCUGUGUACAGAUUGAUUCUUGUAAGAUCUGGUAGAGUUAUCGUUGCACUGAACACAAGUUUGCACUGUCGACGUUGUGCUAGACAGUAAACAAAGUAAGUCCUUGACGGUACACGUUGGCUACCUCCUUGCUUUUUUCUUCUAUUGCACAAAGCUUGUUGGCAAGCCAAGCGAUUGGCGAUAACACGUUGGCUAUAACUCGAUCCUCGUCUUUCUUGUUUAAAUAAAGAGCUCUGCAGACUCAACUGAUUUCUUUUAGUCUCGAUCACAACUCACAAGUUAUUUUCUUUGUAAACGCCAUACAAACACCCACUUCUGUUUAAUAGUUGUUUACGCUUUGUCUGAUGCAAAUUUCUCUCUUUUUCUUACUGAGUGUAACUAUCUAUUCUGUGGUGUAGACCUUAUACAGUCAAUGUGGCCAAUGUAUAAUGAACUACACGGCCUAAACAAUAUAUCUUCUGGCACUUAAUUGGGCGCCGGUAAUGCAUAACGUCAUCAAUUUAUGUAUUGCGUAGAAUCUGAAAGAUUUUCUCAAUAUUCAUGUCUGAAAUGUUUAUAUAUUUGAAAACAACACUCUCUCGCUCUUCCCUACCUCUGUUUAAUGGGUAUAUUGUGAAAAUAAUAUCGACACUCAAUUGAAUGCCUAGAAUCUCAAAGAUUUUCGACUCAAUAUUUACGUCUGAAAUGUUUAAUAUAUACACUUGAAAAAAGCACUGUCCUAGCUCCUUGCUAGCUCUGUAAAAUGAAUAUACCGGUCUAAAUAAUAUCGGCACUUAAUUGAAUGCAUAACAUCAAUUUAUAUAUUGCGUAGAUUCUCAAAGAUUUACUCAAUAUUCACGUCUGAAAUGUUUAUACAUUUCGAAACAACAUUGUCUCGCUCCUUCCUAGCAUCGUCACGCCAUCGUGAUCUACGGCUUGAUAGCGCAUGCGCAUUUGCGCUGCUAAAGAAAAAAUCGGGUGUUCCGGCGUAAAGAUCCUUUAAACAACAUGAGAAGCGCAUGUUAUAAAAUUUAUAAUAACGACAACAAUUCCUCGAAUUCUUUGUAAACUUGGCAAAACUUGGCAAAAGGCCUAAAGAAUAUUUAAAUAAGACAACUGAAAUUGCCUAAAUAACCUUCAAAGCACAGACUAAGUACGAUAAAUCACUACGAACAAAUACCGUAUACACCCCCCGGAAAGUUUACUGUAUGACUGAAUGAAUGAAUGAAUGACUGACUGUUUCGUUUGAAUUUCCCCCCAGUCAUCGAAACAAGAAAUUCAAGAUUACAAGAAAAUAUAUCAUCACAAUACGUAUCCAAAGUAUACAUACCUCCUCAUAUUCUCGUGUACAAGAAUAAAAUUGUGUAUAUGCGUCUCCAAAAUCUUUUAUAGACAAAUCCAAAUAUUUCAUACCGUAGACCAUAAAAUAAAAUAAUAAUAGCAUAGCCAUACCCAUUAAGACCUUAGACACCAAUGUCAUUUUACUUUCAACUAUAUAACGUAAACAAUCCAAAAAUACUUGUACAACGACCUUCAUUAUGUAGCUGUAACCUUGACUGAGAAAAUAAUAAAACAUACCAUGCUCAUAUAUGGUCAACACAUAUGCUGGUUGUAAAAACCCCAUUACCCCAAUAUGGUCAAUACAAUUUCGUUGCCACAAAACACAUAUAAACACAUAUAAACAAAAAUUAUGUUACCAUAACGUUUUGACCAUAUAUGGCUGUAUACAUUUUUACUUGAAACACAAACACUCAUAUAUUCUUUUCACAUUUAACUGUUGCUUGUAAAGGAACACACAGCACACACGCUAAAAUCCUUAUUAAAAAAUGAAUAAUAUCGACGGAGAAUUCUACAGAUUCCUAAAUUUAUUGGGCGUCGUUAUUCAAGACAACACAAAUAUUGCACCGUUGGCAGACAAAUACUGGAAUUUCAAACAAUUCGUGCAUCUCUACCCGAGAAUAUAUUCGAACUGAAUUUUAUCAAAUGGCAACUUUCAGAAAAUGGACCCCACAAAAUACCGUCUACUCCGCCGCCAGCACCUGAAAAAGUACUACAAUCAAAGACAAUAACCACCCUACCUUUAAAACUACAAAAAUUAAAGAAUCAAAUUAAUCAACUGGGUAAAUUUAUAAACCUAACAUUUGAACCCGAACAAACAAAAACCACAGAGACGGUAGAGAUGGUAGUAGAAGAAAAGUGUAACAAUGACUAA